AUGCAUCGACCGCGCUUCGCCCUCACUGUCGGCGUCUGCCUCAUGGCCGUCGUCUCUUCCCUCGGCGUCAUCGGAAGUCCCACCGUGCCCGCGCCCCGCAUCGACGUGCGAUCCAUCACUGGCCCCUCCGCUUCCGCUUCCGCUGCCUCCAUCGCCGUCGCCAGUGACGACGAGCGAGUCGACGUCGAGGCGGCCCCGGCAGCGACGUGGAAACAGUACCGGUGCUGGGAGAGGUACUCGCAGCGUUGGGUCGACUGCCAGUGCGACGAGGAGCGCAACAUCUGUUGGCUCUUUUUCAAGCCCAUUGCCAGCGUGGACGCGCCAUCGUCGUCGUCGUCGUCGUCGUCGUCGGUCUCGGCUUGGUCGCCCGGCGCGCCCAUCGCACCCGCACCGCCCAGUCCUCCCGGCUGGAAGACGUACUCGUGCAUGGAGAGGAACGAGCAAAAGUGGACGACGUGCCACUGCAACGACAGCCAGGCCACCUGCUGGUUCUUCCUCCCGCCCCGCGAGUCGACCUCGACUUCGACCGGCACCGCUCCCACCGCCGUCGACGAUGCAGUCGUAGCGGACGCCACCAGCCCCGACUCGUCGUCGCCGCCACGCGCAGACGGCAUCGAGGUGAGGUAG